CCGCGGUGGGUUCGGCUGCGCGGCGGGGCUGAGGCGGCCGUGUUGGCCCGAGCGCAGGGAGAGGACGUUGGGUUCCUGGACCGCGGCGCUGCGGACAGCAGGCCUCGAGCACAGGUUAAAGCGGUGCUGCUUCUUGGAAAAACUGAAAAAGCCCAGCCAGCCAACGUUCAGAAGCCUCCCCUGGCAUCCCGUUCUUUCUCUGCUGCUCUCUGGACGUCGGGGGCCCAGAGCUGAUGGCAGACGAUGUCAACCACUAACAACAUAGCCCAGGCUCGGAAGCUGGUGGAGCAGCUCCGCAUCGAAGCUGGGAUCGAGCGCAUCAAGGUCUCCAAAGCCUCAUCCGAACUCAUGAGUUACUGUGAGCAGCACGCCCGGAACGACCCCCUGCUGGUGGGAGUCCCUGCCUCCGAGAACCCCUUUAAGGACAAGAAGCCUUGUAUUAUUCUAUAGCUUUGUUUUCCUGUGUGCUCAGCCCCUCUCCCCACCCCCCACCCCCAGUCAGGGCAUCCUUCAGUACCUAGUCCCGCAAAACUUUUAACUCCAAAAGAAAUGCACAACGUUGCCACCGCCCAGAUGGGGUAACGUGUACCCUCUGGGCUCAGCUGGGGCUUCAGACCCAGCUCCGCAGCCCUUACAGGGGCCCUGCUACGCAACCACUUCGACGGGGAGCAGCUGAGAUGCCCCAGAGACAGGGUAACAAUUUUUUUAAACUGAGUUGUCAUUGGAGUUGCGGCCCAGGGCAGAGCUGGGCCAAGGGACGGGACGGAGGUGGGUGACUUAGCUGCGGGCCUGGGCGACCUGGCCGGGUGUAAGUUUUGCAGUGGCCAUUUGUGAAGAUUUCUGCCGGGUUGAUUUCUGUGGGAUGCUUUUUUUGGGGGGGUGGGGGGCAGUAAGCAGAGUAAAACUGGUUCGGGGUUGGGGAGAGGUAUUAUGAAUUUUUUUUUUGGAAAUUUUUCUCCUUUCAAUUUAAAAUGUGUUAAUCCAAACUGCUAAAAAUCAGGUUUUAUUGGCUGAAGCAGCAGCUAAACUGGAUUGAAUGGUAAGGCACAAGUGGAUUUUAGAGGCCUGGAAGGGGACUUCGGCUGUGAAACGCAUCCGUGUCACCAAGGGUCACCCUGCCACGUGGCUUUCGUAUGGCAUGUGUCACCCAACAGCCACGCCACAGCCCCUGCCCUUUCCUGGGGACCCCGCCCAUUCCACAAACGCAUCUUCGCAAGUGGCCCUAGUCAGUGUUAUGGCCGGCUGAGUUUUGUUUUGUCGUAAGCACGAGACGUCGGUGUGGGCAGUGAGAGGCUUCGGUCAUAUUCAGCUCUUCCGUUUGGCUUUGUUUUGUUCCACUUUCGUGCACUGCCAUGCAGCUCGGGAGGCCUGCCCAGUGAGCAGGGCUGCCCAGUGCGUCGAGGUUUAGCAAGGUGUGAAAUGACCUGGAAGUAGCCGCGGAGACCCCUGAGAUGAGACCCUGUGCCCAGAAACGGAGGGGCACCCGCCGCCCCGCCCUCCUCGCUCGCGCUCAACGACCCUGAGCAUCUGGCCGGAGGGAGCGAGGGGAGUCCAUCACUCCGCGCAGCCUGGGAAACGUGGGGCGUCAUGGAGCUGACGGUUGGGGACAGGGCAGGGGGCCUUUUUACAAUUGCUGUUUCCUCUCUUAAGGCGCCCACCUGCCCUCACCUGCCAGCGCCGCCUACAGCCGCGGGGACCCCGCACCCCGAGCUCCGGCCCACCCCCGGCGGCGGCGGCGGCGGCGGCGGCGGCGGCGGCGGGGGCAGAGGCUGCAGUCCAGCCCCAGGGCCCGAGCGGGAGGGCCCUGCGCAGCCGCAGAAGGCAGGCGGGGCGGGGCCGGGCCAGAGCUCGUGCACCUCGCCCGUGCCUCGCCGCUUCGCGCCCCUGUGGUCCUGCGGGGCUCCGAUCUUGCAUCGCUGGGAAGCCUCGCGGGAUGCCCCCCGCCCCCGCGGCCGGCCCCCGCUGCGUGCAGACCCAGGGCCGCGUUUCUCCCAGGCGCCCAGCUCUCUCCGGCCGGUCCGGGAGCACCUGGGGCCUCCGGGGGCCGGGCCUCCCGCACUGCAGUUGGAUGGGAAAGCCGCAACCCCCCGCCCACUCAGGCUGCUGCCCCCUUCCACUGCGUGGGGAGCCAGCGGCCGAGGUGCCUCACCCCGUCCCCAGCAGAACAGCAGGUCGGAACAAAGCCUGUUCCAGAAACCUCCGGGGCGCCCGCUGGGCAGGGGGAAGCCAGAGCACAGCGGGGCUUAAUCCCGAGGGUUAGAGGGGCAGCUGGCAGAGCGCGUCUGCCGGCGAGGACACCCCACCAGCCAUCUGCUGACUGGUAACCCUUUGCUCUGUGACAGAAGCCUUAAUCCCUUGAGCCUGAGAUCGGUCCGCGCACCGCGGGCCUUCCUCCUGCGCCCCCCACUGUCCCUGCCCUCCAGCCACCCGGCCCCAAAGAGGGCAAGACAGCCUGAUCUCAGCGUCAGGAGCGUCCGGGGACCGAGACCCCAUGCCAGCCGUGCCCAGCCCAGCCCCUACCACGUGUCCCCACCCGAAUGACUCGGGGGAAGGCACUAGGAAGCAAAGCCCAGGACCCCUGGCUGAGCGGGGCUGGGGGUGAGCCAGCCUGGCAGCCCCAUCCCGACUCCAACUCCGGGCUCAGCGAGCCUCCGCUCCCCCCAGCCCUGAAGCAAAAUCGUCCGUUUCUACCCACCCCCACCCCGGAGACCCCAGGGACCCAGCUGCCUGGGUAAACUGAGGCCCAGAGAGAGUGAGGACAGCCAUCCCCCAGCCCCAUGGCCGCAACCACCCAGCUGCACUUCAGGGGCCGGCAACCUCCCACCCCAGGAGGUGGCGUCAGCAGAAACCCCACUAUGAGUUUCUUUCCAGCUGAGGAGGAAGCCCUCUUUUCCUUUCCUUUUUCCCCUUCUUAGAGUAAACGCCAGUGCCCUGGGCGAAGGCCUGGAGCCUCAGUGCAUACACGGCAGUGUUUCCUGCUUGUGCUUUUGUGGCUCAGGUAUCAGCAAGAAGACAGGGUUUUCAGGGCAUUUGGGGGACUGUAAGUGGCCGGGAGCUGGUGAGGGCAGUGCGGACGUGGGGGAGACCAGUGUCUCUCAGCCAUGUGACUAGGGGGAGAAGGUGGGGGGUACUGAGGACACAGUCACCUAAGAAGGGCAGAGCUGGGCAGCAGAAGCGCAGUCUCCCUUUUUCUGCAGCCUGCAGUGCUCCCUGAGGGCCUGGCCCGGCCCAGCCCUGAUCCUGUGGCCUUCCCUCCCCUCCCCUCCUCCACUCCAGGAAGGAGCUAGAAUGUAGCCCCUUCCUCAUCAUCCCCAAAGGUAACCCCCCAGGCCAAGAAUUAAGUGACUGGGCUGUGAUGUCAUGCGGUGGGGACGUGAACCACUGGGCCUGCUGGAAGGUGCUUUCCUCCUUUGACAUCCCGGUCACUGUGUCCGGAGGCGCUGGGCCUCCAGGCAGCUCAUCCUUCUUGGCCCCGGGAUGGCAGGAAAAGGCCAUCAGACCCUCCCUCGAGCAUGAGUGACCUGGGGCUGUUUCCAGGCCAAGGCGAGGCCACCAACGGUUGCUUGUCCUUCAAGAGCAUUUAUAAAAAGCCAGCCUGAUGCGGGGUCCCCUGAACAGAAGCCAUAUGUCACCCUCCACCCUCUUCCUCCUCUGUCCCUGGAGACUAUGGCCAGACAUGGGAAAGACUGGUUCCUGCUUCUCAGAAGCAGCCUGUGGUUCUAACAGCUUCCACCCCAUCUGCGUGUGGAUGUCCAGUGGUUUUUAUUCUGAUUUUUAAAAAAUUCCAGGUGUGCCACACCCACUUUCCUGCUGUGUUGUAAUAUUGUGUGGGAUUGUUGAUACCAAGUGAAUGAAUCCACAAUAAAAAGGCUCACUGUUCCUUC